AAGGGGUAAUUGAUUACUUACACUGUCACAUGGAGUUAAAUUGUAUGAAAUCCAAUCUAUAUAUAUGUCUAGUUGUCUACUAAGUCAACACAUUCUCAUCCUUCACGUGACACACUAUCUCUCCUGCUGCAUACUGUUUUGAUCAAUCCCUUUUAUGUCAAACUCACCAUUUCUCCAAUGGCAAAUCCAUUUCUCCUCCUCCUCCAGAACAUGAGCUUAAUUCCCACACAGUAUAUCUCUCUCAGACAACAAAAGUAUUGAUCUUGUUGAUUAUAAUGGGAUUAUGACAACAAUUCUCUCCAAGCAGAAGGAAUUAAUGGAUAUGGAUCCAAGAAUAUGGAGCCGACUGCCGGACCAUCUACUCGAACGCGUGCUCUCCUUCUUACCUCUUAAAACUUUCCUCGGCCUCAGAUCAACCUGCAAACAGUUCAACUCCCUGCUGUUCUCCCCUUGCUUUAUCUCCAAACACUCAUCCUUGUCCUCUUCUUCACCUUUCUCUUCUUUCAUCCUCCUUUCACACCCUCAGUUUCUCCAAAAAUGCCCUCUUUUCAAUACUGUCAUAAACUCAUGGUGCAACAUGUCUCUUUCCUUCCCACCAAUGCUUUCAUGCCCGCCCUCUUCCAAUCUCCUCUCAUCUUCCAAUGGCCUCCUCUGUUUUUCCAUCCCAAGAUCAUCUUCUUUCAUCAUAUGCAACCUCUUGAGCCGGUCCUUGCGCCGAGUGAAUUUUCCCUCGUGCCCGUUUGAUUUCGAGCUGCUCACUUUGGUUUCCACACCAAAUGGGUACAAACUCUUCAUGCUAUGCUCAAUGGGAUCAUCCAUUAACACCCUAGUCUACGACUCGAAGGUCAGUUCCUGGCUGCAGUUCGAAGGUUUUGACCUUAUCCUCAAUGAGAACCCCCAUCAAAAGGGUGUUUUUUAUGAUGGAUGCCUGUUUUUCACCACCCCGGAGCCUUUUUAUGUUGCGAGCUUCAAUUUGGAGUCCGGGAAGUGGGAGAAACCGACGAUCGGGUUGCCGGACGGGCUGACUUUCGUCCGGUUGGUGAGCGAUGGUGACCGGAAGAUGUAUUUGAUUGGAGGAGUUGGAGUGAGUGGGAUUUCAAGAAGUGUGAAAUUGUGGGAGUUGGGGGAAGAUGGUGGAGAUUGGAUGGAGGUUGAAACUUUGCCUGAAACGGUGUGCAGAAAGUUUGUGUCUGUUUGUUACCAUAACUAUGAGCAUGUGUAUUGUUUUUGGCACCAAGGGUUGAUUUGUUUGUGCUGCUAUACUUGGCCUGAGAUACUGUAUUACAAGGUGUCUAGGAGGACUUGGCAUUGGCUGCCCAAAUGCCCUUCUUUGCCUGACAAGUGGAGUUGUGGAUUCAGGUGGUUUCCCUUCAAGCCAGAGCUCUAUUCUACUGUAUAAAAUACAUAUUUUUCGUUUUUCUUUCCUUACAUGUCUGAGAUUGAUCUCUAUUUUGUUUUGGUCGUUGGAAUUGAGAUAUUGUAUCAAUAUCUACAUGUUUGAGAUCCAUUUUAA